GGGGUCCGACACCAUAAAAAUCCACUGACUGGGAAGGAUUCCCUAAGAGAGAAUGAGACAAGUAUUUCUGAUUCGGUAAGGGAUCUAACAGAGUAACCAAUACGAAACAGCUCGCUAAUAUUCUGAAGUAAUUAAAAAACUGAGGGGGCACAGUCAGGUUAACAGCUAACCCAAGUGCUUAUCUGUAACAAGAAAUACAAUAACUGUUCAGGUGAAUAUGGGACAUUUGGGUAUUUUUAUUGAAUUUCAAGAUUAAUACCUCCAAUUGUCCUUGAAUCAGACAUUGAAGUUUUAUAUUGAAUUAACGAAAUGAUGACUUCACUAAGGUAAAAGCACUAUAACAAGGGUAACUGUAUCUGUAAGCCUCUGCUUUCUUUGCUCAGAAAUGUGUUCGACUUCUUUGAAACGUGUGUCCAUCUUGUAACUAAUGUCGGUUACUUUUUCCGAUUACAUUUUUAACGAACCAUCUCCCAUUCUAGAGUAAUUUAGUAUUAUCACCUGAGUUGAUAAUACUAUAUUACCCUGUUAUACUCUUCUACCGACGCAGCACCACAGUUUCUUUAGAAACUUACCCCCUUUAUUCAUUUAUCUCCCAUGAUGGCUUGAAUACCUCAGCUCUGCUAUGAUCAAAGUGAAGGCCGCAGUGGAUGAAACAAAGAAUGACAUCGCCAAAUUGAACAGAACGACAAUAACGCUAAAGAUUUUACAGUUUCUUAGUUAGGGAUUCUAAAAAAAUUUCGUUUGGUAAUUACUCACUGUCUAUCAUGGAGUAAGUAGCGAGUAGCCAGUCAGAUUGCAACAUUUGUAGCAGUACCCUAAGAACGAGUGUGGAAUUAUUCCAAAAUCAAUUAUGAUAAAUAGGGGCAGAAACUGUUAAAAUUUCUAAGCUUCUUCCUGAAGAAAAACUGGAAAUGCCGAAAGAAGUUAUGUGUUGUAUCUUUAUCUUCACGUUAGGUUGAAAACCUCAACUCUGCUAUGAACGAGGUGAAGGCUGCAUUGGAUGGAACAAAGAGGGACCUUGCUAAUCUUAAAGAAACUGUUACAACGGUAGAGACCUCACUUAUUAUCAACAUUUAUUUUCUGAAGACAUUUUUCUAUUCAUUCGUUUAGUUCUACCUGCCAUAUUUAUCAUUGGUCCCUUUUCCAAGUUGAAGAAAUUUCCUUACAACCAACAACGGAAAUCUUUGGUAACAUUUACUUAAUACCGAUUUUACUUCUUCAGUUUUAUUUUCAAAUCUCUUUUGUUUAUGGUGCUAUGUAAGAAAGAAAACAGCAUUCAAGCGUCCUUUGUUUAGGAUUCAUAGGGGCGAGUAUAUUUCUGGAGGGUAGAGCAAACUAUAUCUAAUAAAACCGGCAAAACAAACAAGCAAUGAUCCCUUAGAACUUCUCGGCACUUUGAUUAAGGUAAUAGUUUAUGCGAUUGUUGCCGUGUGUAAAGGCGCUCUUUUCUGAUUACUUCUCUUGCCGUCUUAAUCAGGUGAAGUGCGCGUCAGAUAGAACCAGCAAUGAACUCGCGGUACUGAACUGUACCAUGACAAAGGUAAAAUCGUCAAAUUGCGGUAAGAACAUCCGUGCCACACCUGACUGCCUCUCGGAUGCCCUUUUUUCUUUAUUUAACCACAUUUAGACGUCAACUGUGAUCUGCUACUAAACAGUUGCACGGUAACCGUGACAUGGAAUCUAUUUGACAAACGUUAGCAAAGACAUUAUCGGUCUGGCGAUAAGAUAAAGUGAUUUAUUGUCGAUUUAUCCAAGUUUCUUGAUAAUGGAAAGAAAGAUAAUAACAUUCCUCAACGACUAUUUCUCUCAAUGAUUUCGAUUUCAUGUUGUGUUUUUUUCGGCUUGCUUAUCCGACCCCUUCCGUGGACGUAGAACUACAGUGCACAACGAGACCUAAAUAUUCGAAUCUUCUGGUUCAUCGAGUUGUGCAAUCAUAGGGGGCCAUGCUAUGCGAUCGUUUGGAUCAGAGAGUAACAGCAAAAUCUUUAAAAGUAUAUAAGGAAAAAAAAAACACCAGAAAUCAACCGGUAUCGUUACAUAUAGUUAACAAAUAACAGUUACUGUAAUGAUCUUGUUGGUACCCUUAUUUUUAAAACUUUCUUACCCCUAGCUUAACAAAGCCAAUCUAAGUAAUUUACGCAUGUCGUGCCAGAACGAGACCUGGAACGCAGGGCACGAUGAGUGUAAACACGAAUCACGUUCUGCAACCAAUUUCAGUGGAAAAUCUUCUAAGGAAACACGUAAGUAUGGUCUUUGUGGUAGAGCUUCAAUGAUGUACGGAGGUGCCCAUGAAGCACCAUGUUUAUAAUCAAGUUCAUUUGUCUACUUUCGAUGAAGAAAGAGGGUUCUUCGUCAGGUGAUGAGGUCACUGAUAGAGAAAGAUCAAAAUUUCCUUUGCUUUCUUCUGAUUUCUUUUUUUCAACCUUAAAGCCCCAGCCGCUAAAAGUUGCAAGGAACUGUACAACAGAAAUGGGUAAGUUUAUUUCCUUUCGCAAAAUCCGUUUUACAAUGAUCUAAAAACCCUGCAGCAGCUGAGUAGAGAAUGUGUUUUUGCUCCUAUCCAAAGCUGCCUUCAGCGCGAUUUUCGUUGUGAGGUAUUAAGACUCCGAAUCAAACCUUCGAACCUACCUCUUCUUUUAAGAAUUGUUUAAUUACACUCUUUUCAUGUCAUUUUCUACAAAUUCAGAUCUGACGGUAACAAGGAAUACCCGUUGAAGCUUGGUAAAAGGAUCCAUCCUGUUUACUGUCACAUGACAGCUCUUAAUGGAUGUGGGGGUGGUGGUUGGACUCUGGUCAUGAAGAUGGAUUGUUCCAAGGUAAACAUGAAACAGGGCAUAGGGUAAAAUGUAGAGGACUAUUUUUUGACAAUUUUUUUGGACCAUUUUUUUUUUGGACUAUUUUAAAGGGGAGAGGAAGCACACCGUUAGUGCUGAGGGAGGGGUGGGAGGUAGAGUGUUAUUACUCAUGGAGGAGUGGGAGGUUUCACUCGAUCGUACAAACUAUUCUAAUUGGUUUUUCGACUGAUUUUUGUAUGUCAAAAUUUUAGCGCUGGGCCGCGGCAUUUCUUAAUUUUUUUGUCAUGCGACAGCGAAAUUGCUACGUAAACACUGGAAUUCUACGUUUUGCCGACAGAAACCAUCGGCAAGCAACAGUAGCCACCAUAGUUCCACUUCGCAGGUUUCGUAGGUUUUUUACGCAAGAAGUGAUCGGCAGCAGCCCAGGCAAAUUGGAAAACAAACCUAACGGAGUCGCGAGGAAUACUGGUCGCGAUUUCCGGUGUCGAUGAUUAACUCCUUUGUUUGCAAAAUAGAUGAAAUCGAUAUUUGCACUUUCUCAUUAUGCAAGAACAGCAGUGUUUUUGGUCGAUUCGAGAACAAGGAUUCCUUUUCGAAAUCGUUCGCUGAUGAUUUGUACAGUAAAGGUAUAAACUUUAAAAUUGCGAUAGCGCUUGUGAAUUCUUUAUGUUGCUAAGUUAAGGGCUGAGGACCGGAAAUUCCGUGAUCUCGUUUGAUAAGAUCAAUUACAAAAGGAAGAUAGAUCAAUUUAGUAAUUGCAUACUGUAUACAAAAAGAGAAACGUAAAGCAACUGACGGUACACAUGGCGCACGCAUAUCUCGACAGUGGAGGAUCGAACACGCGAUAUUUUCAAUAAAAAUUAAAGUCCACUGUUUACGUGGCAGUUUCGCUUUAGCAUGAAAAAAAAAUGAAGAAACGCCGUGGCCCAGCGCUAAAAUUUUGACAUACAAAAAGUCAGUCGAAAAAUCGAUGAAAAUAAUUUGUAAGAUCGAGUAAAAGCUUCAUUAACCAGUAGUGUUUACUAUUACAACCACCUCCCACCCCUCCUUGCGUAGUAAUAGUCCGUCUCUCAUCAACUCCCCAAGUACUAACACUCUGCCUCCCACCCCUCCCUUAGUACUGAUAGACUGCAUCCCACCCCUCCCUGAGAACUAAUGGUGUGCUUCCCUCCCUCCAACUAUAAAAUGGUUCAAAAGAUGGGUUAAAAAAUGGUCCCAAAAAAACGGUCCAAAAAAUUGUCCAGUCCAUAUUUUACCCUAUGCCCGUGGAACAGUGUUGAUAAAAAUGCACAAAUGCACUAAUCGUAAGCAAUUUAAUGGUUCUUAAAAUAAUUAUUUUUCUGGCACCGUUAUUUGAAACUGGCAAAUCUAAAUCUAUCAUGAUUGCAAAAUAGUCCUGGAAAAGAUUUUUUGAAUCAAUUGAGUUUACGUGCCCUGUUCAGAAAUAGAUAAAAUUAGAGAAAAAAUAUGAUUGUAUUUUAAAAGUUAUCGAUUACAUGGCGCGAGUGAAACAAAAAAAUGCCCCUUCAAAGAAAAUUAGAGAAGCUCGAAUUAUAGUGAGUGGGAAGGCACUAUAUCAACUGAAAUUAGAGGGGGAAAAUUGCCUACUGUUUUUUUUUCCAUUCAUGCAGUGCAGAUAUUUCUCGUCCUCAAAUUCCACUUAAGUAAAGAUGUCAAGCGGGGAAAAAACAUUUUGAUGAUUUGAUUUUGUUUAUUAGAACACCUUUCAUUAUAAUCAAUUAAUUUGGAGCAACAAGCUGAAAUACAACCCUUUUUCUGGGAAGACUGGGUUUGACAGACGAGAGACCAUGUUGCCAACUUACUGGGAAACUGAGUUCACCAGGAUCUGUCUCGGUAUGAAGAACGGCAAAGAAAUCAACUUCAUCGCCAUCAACAUAACGGCUUCCUCCCUGUUCUCUCUGAUCGCUGAUGGGAAAUACCACCCAACCUCUUUGGGCCGAGACAAAUGGAAGUCGCUACUCCGCUCAAACGCCUCACUACAAUCAAAUUGCACCCGGGAAGGAUUCAACGCAUUUUGUGCGGGUGGUGCCUUUAAAUCCAGGGCUAGAAUCGGUAUCAUUGCUAGCCAAGAAAAUCAUCGUCACAGCUGUGAUUCCAGGAUCGGUUUUGGCACAGGAGGUCAUCGUGGUCACUCGAACGCCUGUGGAAUCAUGGCACUGGGUAAAUCGGCAGAAGAUGAUGGGCACAAAAACAUCAAGACCAUGGGAUUCAUUCUCGUUCAAUAAUGUAGUAGUAAUAGCCCCUAGCUGGUUUUUUUUAAGUAAACUCUCGGGUAUUUUUUCUUAGACAAAAUGUGUUCUUAGAAACGAACAUUUUAUCAAAAGCAAGGCUCAAUUUAAGGUGGUAGAGGAUAGUGUCCGCAGACAACUACCCAAGCAUGUUUUUAUUUUUAUCUUCAACAGCUUCGCUGCACGUGCUUAGACAAAUUAAAUUGCUUGCACGUGAUAAUAUUUGAUGAAUUAUAAAAUGUGAUAACUUAAGAAAUUUUCAAUUGUCGUUGAGUCCUAAUUUUGUAUAACGCCAUGUAGAAAAUUGAGUCGGCGGUACUCGGAGUAAUUUACCAAAGUAAACCAAGAAUAUUUGAAAUUUGACUGGGUGUAAUUUUUCGAGGUUAUCAUGGACUACGAGCAGUACCGCCUUUUUGGUUAAGUCCUUUACGUGAAUAGAAGAACAUCAGUGAAAAAAAAAAUCGUUGUUAGUCUGCCUGGCAGAACUCUGGAACUGAGGCCUGAGGCGCUCAAAAAGUAGAAAAGAAAAGUCAUUGAAAGAUAUCCUGGUUAGAGAUAAACUUUGAAGGGAGAAUAUUUCAAAUCGCUUUCAAAUGGCAUGAGUCGUGCAGGCCCGUCAACACUUUUAAACUACCUC